AUGUCCACUGCAGACUUACCCCAGUAUUAUCCAAACAAUUUGAUACCGCUAGACAUAAAUAAGGAGACCCUCAAAAGCGCACUCAAGGAGCUGCAAGUUGCAGUGAACCGUGGUGCAACAUUGCUACAGGAGGCCUGCCCUCCUCAGAGCGAAUGGGGAAAACCCUACAACACGGGUUUAUACGUGGGAUUUCCAGUGAUACGCUACAUCACGCACUUUGGCAAGUCUAAUCUGAUCACCUUUCCCCUCACAGGGAUUGCUCUUGCUUUCCUCCGACUGGACCAUCAGGUUAAAGCGUUCAGCAACAAGGAAGUCGGGCUUCCUCUUGACUUCCGCAGGCUUGCAAGCGAGCAAAUUAUACCACAUGGACCGGAUAUUCCACUUUUGCCUGAAAGAGUAGCGCCUUUUGGCUCCCCUAGUGUGCUUGUGGGACCCUUGAUGCGGAUUCUCGCAGCCGCCCAAUCUGGUGCAUCCAUGUCUGAAGCUGAUAUUGAAUGUCUCAGAAGUGUCGUACAAGUGGCCAUCGGAAAUGACUACAUGCUACCGCAUGGGGAUGGGAUGAUGGGUACGGACGAAGUCUUGUAUGGCCGAGCGGGUCUAUUGUGGGCUGUAUUAAGCGUGCGAGCUCACAAGUAUGACGAGGGGGCCACAGGCCUUCUGACGUCCAUCUUUGAGUCUGUUCCGGAUCUUGUUGAUGCGAUCAUCAAAGGUGGGCUCCAAGGCAGAGACGACUAUGUAGAGGAGUAUGGGGAGAGGGGUGCUUUGCCGUUGAUGUGGCACUGGCAUGAAGAUCGGUAUGGAUUAGGAGCGGUACAUGGAAUGUCCGGCAUACUCGCGGCCCUCCUUGCCUGCGAUCCUGAAGAGCUCAACGAUGGCGCUUCGCGUAACUAUUUGCCCCUGAUAGCGGAGACCAUCACAGGCCUUUGCAAGAUAUGCAUUGCCCAUAACGGUCACCUCCCAACAAACCUUCCCAAUCGUGGCCCUUCAUCCAAGCGCACCUCACCUCUCGUCCAGAUUUGUCAUGGUAGUCCCGGCAUCUUAACCCUGAUGGCGAGCGCCAGACGGAACAAGCCCCUGAUCACCGGCUUCUGGCAGCCAGAAUGGGAUGUAGCAAUUCGCCUGGCAAGCGAACGGGUCUGGGAGGAAGGACUACUUUCUAAAGGUGGCGGAAUCUGUCAUGGCAUUACAGGUAAUGCAUGGCCACUGCUGCUUCUUCACGACAGCUUCGAGUAUGAUAAGGAAGAGAUGCAAGCUGCUAGGGAAAGAUAUAUGGAGAGGGAACAGAUCACUAGCGCAACAGUAUUGGAUACCGGGCUCACAGGUGACUACUUCCUGUCGAGAGCGCUGGCGCUGAUGUUGCAUGCGCGGGAGACGCCUCCGUAUCAUAGCUCCGACACGCCAACGUCCAACAUCUAUCGACUGCCCGAUCGCCCGUUUUCCCUCACGGAGGGCCUGGCAGGCAUUGUCUGCGCGUGGUCGGACACAUGUGUGUCUGUCCAGAUGAGACUGCAAAGUAUGCUUCUGCGGGAGAAGUGGCCGCAUAGUUCUGCAUCUCUGAAGACGGACCCAACAUUCCAAGAACUUGAAAGUCUGCGAUUGGGAAUCCCAACGCUUGCCUAUCACAGGGCUGCGGCUUUGCCCUGA